AUGGAUAGAGAACGAGAUAAGAAAAUUCUUAAUAAGUGUGAAAAUCUUGCUACUUACUAUAUAAAUUCAAUAAUAGAACAGGUAGCUCCGGAAAUAAAUCAAGACUUUCCUGAAUAUCCAGAGGAUGUACCACAGGAACUGCUGUUUGUGCCUCCAAAACAACUUAAUCUAGCACGUUCUAUAGAGAAAACUAAGAAGCCUCGAAUUAAAAAGGAAAAAGUACUAUCGCCAAAAAUUGAGUUUCAGGAUGUUAAUGAAUGUAAAAGGUCUACGUCAAAAAGGAAAUGCCAUUAUUCUGGGACUUAUAACAUAGAGAAGCAGCUUGAAAUACUUCUUGAUGAUGAAUCGGAGUCUGACAAUAAUGUUUUAGAAAAUGUCAAACAUCCAAUAAGUGUCAGUAAUGACCAAUGUUCAAAAAAGGAUGCUGAGGAUGUUAAGAAUAUAUCAGUGAAUAUCUCAGGAAUUCAAAAAUUAUCUCCAGAACAAGCAGUAGUCGAAAUCAAUAACUAUUCUGAUGAAUUUAGUCAAAAACUAGAAACAUUUCAGAAAUUCAUCAUCAAAAAACAACAAGAGAAGCCACGAAUCCAAACAUUAUCAGAUACGUCAAGUGAUGAAGAAGAAACACAAGAGGAACUGGGUUUGUCGUUAAAGUUUCCUAUGUGUUUAAUUGAAAGGUGUGAUUCGCAAGUAAAUCUAUCGAAAAAGUCACUAGAUUCACCAGAAAAGCCACAAACUUCAAACGGAAUCAUUAAAAACCAUCAAGCUCCAAUACCGGUUUUUAAAAAACAAGAGAAUGAAAAAGAUUGUCAAGGUUUAAAGUCUCUUUUUGAGGGAAGCAGUUUCGAUGAAGCAAUGCAAAAAUACGCUGAAAAGAAAAGCGAAUUGCUAAAAUUUGUUCCACCAAAGAUCAUUCCGGCACCAGAACAAGAUCCAGCUAUUAAAAAACCUAUUAAAAAGAAGCCAAUCAAAGCUAAUGGGAUGAAGAAUGAUGAAAACAAUCCCAACAAGCAUUUAGGUGGAAUUUUUACAAUUAAUAAUGGCUGGGAUAAGAAGGAAAUUGAGGCACAAGAUGAACAAAAAAAGGAAAAUCUCAGUAAUAAAUUAGAAAGACACAUAACACCACCAAAUAUUGUCAUCGACACAAACAUUGAAGAUGUUAUGGCUGCACAUGAUGAAUUCAUGUACAAUGAAAAUUUUAUGGAUAAUUUGCUUGUUCCUCAAGAUUCUAAAACAUCAUUAAGUACUACUUCAUCCCAUAGCUUACAAAUAGCAUUGAGAUGUGAUAAAUUAACAGAAAAUAACAGUUUUAAGGGCCGAAAAAUUAAUUCAUCACUUAAUAGCACCGAAGAAGAUUCAGAUAAUGAAGAGAUUAUUAAGCCAUCUAAGAAAAUUCAGAGAUUUUUAUACUCGGAUGAUGAAAAUACAUCGGAUAUGGAAACACAGCCAAAGAAUAUUAAUAGUAAAGGUCAUAAUGACAAUGAUGUCGUAUCGUUAUUUGCAGAAGCUGGUGAAUUUGAUGAUCUUGUGGAUGAAAAGGACCAAUUUUAUGCUGAAGUUGAUCCAGAUGAUUUAAAAAUAAAGGUUCAAUGUGUUAAAAGAAGGAUUGAACCGCUUGAUCAUCAAACGGAAUUUGAAAUAAACACAAACGAAAUUUCACAGCACAUGGUUGAUCCAGAAACGGAUAAAAUCUUAAAAACAACUUUUGGCAAUGUUUGUCCAGCUUUUCUAGAAAGUCGCUGCUCAAUGCCAGCAUGUCAUCGUAAUCAUUUCCUUCCUGAUGAAUCAGAAGUUUAUCCAUUGUUGAUCGAUGCUAGAUUUGAUGUUCUUCACAAAGUCUUUCAAGUUGUUUUAAGAUUCCAUCGGCUAUUUCAAACAUACAUAUCGACACUUGUGCAAAUAUGUAUUAAAAAUAAAGAUGAUAUGGGACUUGUGGAAUUAGUCAAAGCAUGCGAUCGAUUACCCCGUACAAUUGUCUGUUAUAAAGACAUUGUCAGGAAUUUAGUUGAACUUGAUUACAUGAAAAAUCACAAAGCGAUAUCCUUCAUUAUCACACAUCACACCGAUUCUGAAAUUGCAAGAGACACGAUUUUAUCUUUAAUUCUUGAUUCUGGUCCGAAUAUAACCUUCUUUAUGGAUUAUGUUGAAGAAGCUCACAUAAAACAGCCCAUCCGAAGUGAUAUGUUCAGCAGAAUCUUACACACAUGUGUGUCUUACCAAAAUCCAAAGCUACCAAACUUUUGCCUGAACUAUUUACAAGCGUGUACAGCAAAUCAAAUGAAGAAUUUAAAUUCUGAACAUUUAAAAGCAUUUCUUCGAAUGAACAAAUGCAUUUCCGAGCUGAAUGAACAUCGCGAGGCUAAAGCUCUCAGAAUAACUCAAAAAUUAUUGAGCGAAAUGAAUUGGUAA